UGUUACGCUUAGGUAGACUCGUACUUCGCCUGUCGCGGCUGCAGGCAAAUCCCACCAACAGCAGACACAGCAUGGCAUACAGUGCGAAGAUAGGUCCGUCUAUCCUGAGCAGCGACCUGUCCUGUUUGGGCAGCGAGUGUGUCCGGAUGAUGGAGUGCGGGGCGGACUAUCUGCACCUGGACGUUAUGGACGGGCACUUUGUCCCCAACAUCACAUUUGGACAUCCCAUGGUAGAGUGUCUGAGGAAGACUGUAGGCCAGGAUCCUUUUUUUGACAUGCACAUGAUGGUGUCCCGACCAGAGCAGUGGGUGAAGCCGAUGGCUGCAGCAGGAGCCAACCAGUACACCUUCCACUUAGAGGCCACCACCAACCCUGGAAACCUCAUCAAGGAGAUAAAGGAGAGCGGCAUGAAGGUGGGGUUGGCCAUAAAGCCUGGUACCACAGUGGAAGAACUGGCACCUUGGGCUAAUCAGAUCGACAUGGCUCUGGUCAUGACAGUGGAACCUGGUUUUGGAGGACAAAAGUUCAUGGAGGACAUGAUGCCUAAGGUGAGCUGGCUGCGUGGUCAGUUUCCCUCAUUAGACAUUGAAGUAGACGGAGGCGUCGGUCCUGACACUAUUCACAAGUGUGCAGAGGCAGGAGCUAACAUGAUCGUGUCAGGCAGUGCUGUGAUCGGCAGUGACGAUCCUCGCUCUGUCAUUGCCCUCCUGCGCACAGCGGUGUCCGAAGCUAUUCAGAAACGCUCGCUGGACCGUUGACAGGUUGUGUUCAUGAAAGUCAACAGGGAUGUUGCACCCGCCCCUCACAACAAGAAGCCGUAGCAGCCGGAGGAAACGACUCAAUAUGGACAAAAAGAGGUUGAGGGGUCACAGUCUGAGCGAGGGGCUUCUGUUUGACUGUCAACGGCCAAAAACACAAUCUGUGUGACUUUAUUGAAGCUGCGUCACACCUGUUUUAACUACUCCUUCCAGAAGUUGGUCAGUUUAAUGGAGCCUCGUUUCAGCAACUCCUGAUUGAGGCUAAUGUUUCUGCCAAUAAACUCCGUAAGCAUUCCAGGGUUCAGUCUUAAACCAAAAUGGCCUGAGAAGCAGCUUUAGCAAUCCUUCAGCUGGAAUGGUUAUUUUUUGUUUCCUUUUCAUCUAGAAUAAUGAUCCCCUAAAACAAAAUAGAUUAUGGUUUGUUCUCCAUUUUGUUAACAUCUCAAUUUACUGAGUGUGCUACUGAUUAAAUGGAUUGUAUAAUACUGUAUUCCACAGGAUUGUUUUUGCAGAUUAAAAACUAGGAAGUCUUUA